AUGGUAGGCCUGGCCCGGCCUGGCGCCCCCCCCCUCACCCCCUCUCCCUCCCCGCAGCCCCCCAAGGACGACAAGAAGAAGAAGGACGCCGGCAAGUCGGCCAAGAAGGACAAGGACCCCGUCAACAAGUCCGGCGGCAAAGCCAAGAAGAAGAAGUGGUCCAAGGGGAAGGUGAGAGACAAGCUCAACAACCUCGUCCUCUUCGACAAGGCCACCUACGACAAGCUCUGCAAGGAGGUGCCCAACUACAAGCUCAUCACGCCCGCCGUGGUCUCCGAGAGGCUGAAGAUCCGAGGCUCCUUGGCCAGGGCCGCACUCCAGGAGCUGCUCAGUAAAGGUCUAAUCAAGCUCGUGUCCAAGCACAGAGCCCAGGUGAUCUACACCCGCAACACCAAGGGAGGUGAUGCACCAGCUGCUGGGGAAGAUGCUUGAGAAGGUGAGCCUGGAUUCUUGCAGGCCCUGUGGCUGGUUGGGAUUCUUGCAAAGCAAUAGAAUAUGGUUUUAUUAAUUCUCUGUUUGCUUUACAGGAUCAGAAGUGAUGCUUAAAUUCUAAUGUAUAAAAUAAAAUAAUUGAUCUUUUCAAA